UCUUCUCUCGCCGAAAGCAACUUUCCAACUUGCGGAGAUAACAAUACAUAUCUACUACAUAAACCAAAAAAAUCAUAUGUAUUAUCACUUCUAUUCUAUCUAAUAUCUACCAUAGAAAUUCAUGAAAAUGUUCUCCCGCUCCUUCAACCCCCUCCUCCGCUCCCGGAUCCCCAUCACUCAGCGGGCCUCCCUGUCCACCUCCACUGCCAGAUGGAGCCAGGACUCGUCAUCAUCCAGUGCUUAUAGGGAAGGAAUGGCCCGCUACAAACUCUUCGUGAGUCCCUUCGCCAAGGUCUUCCUCGGUGCCAUCUUCACCUAUCAGGUCAUCCACUGGACAUGGCUGAAGUUGGAGAUGGAUGAGUCUAAGGCGGAGAAGAAUAAGGAGGUAGAGGCGCUGGAGAAGAAGGCUAAGGAAUUGACCGGCGCGCAAAAAUAAGCGUUUCGUCGCCUCGUUCAAUUGGUUUAUUACUUGUCUCUUGGAGUGUAUAUAUACCCCUACUUAUCUUAUAUUUAUAUAUUCAUGUCUA